GCUCUCUGUUGGUUGAGCUUGUCUGUGGCUCUGCUGUCACUGCUUACGAUCAUACAGUUUGUCAGAACCGAAGGGGAGUUCUCAGCAAUUAGACGCCCAAAAGCGUGCCAGCCCGGCUGCACCCACUGACUCAUUAAGGGCAAGGCUGACAGGUACCUCAGGCGAUCAUUACAACUUUUGAGCAGGACCUCGUCUAGGGUGAGUUUGGAGAACGGCCCUAGCUUGGACUCUCACUAGGGUGGGUGAUACCUGAAGGCUAUUUUGCCAGCCUUGGUCGAGUCAGGUCUCAGGUAGUGCAGCCGAUAAGCUGAGCCCCACCUGGGUUGUCUCAGUUGUGCAUACAGAACACCCCCUUCCAAGUUGACAUUGCUGGGGAUCGGGGGAGUGGGAGCCGGACUCAGGCCUGCUUGGCUGGGAUUGAGCUUGUGGGACGUGCCCUGUUCAGGAGGGACACCUGACAGCGUUCAAACCUCUCCACCUGCAUCACUAGCUUAACACCGCAACAAUUCGGAUAGGGACAAGUAAAGCAGAACCUGCUAGUGGUCCCCCUUCUGGUCAAAGCGGAGUUGUUCAACAGAGCCCAACCCAGGGGUAAUCUGAUCUGCAACAGCAAGCUAAGUUUGAAUGCAGUCCCAUUGCUUUUGAAGCUCUUGUUUCCCACUUUCUAUUCCCAACUUCUCCUGUCAUCUUCUGACACUGUCAGUAGUCACAGACCGACAAUUUCCAGGAUAAGGUUUUAUUCUUUACCCCUGACUAGGGCAUCUCUCAAGCCCUAGAGUAACUCACACUGUUCUAACCUGCAACAACUUCUCCCAGGGAGCAAUUUUUGUUUGUUUAUUUUGUCGUGGGUAACUAUUCCCGUGGUUCACUACACCCUUCCAGUUACCCAGUGACAGGCCCCAGUUCUACUUAAUUUUAUUUUGUUGGUUUUAUUUGUUCACCCAGAUUUAGGUGUCAGGUCACCCACCUAGACAACCCCCAGUCUGAGUGUAACAGAUUUCUGCGGCCACCCUGCAGUUGACCGAGUCACAAUGAUCCACAUGGAAAGCCCCCUCAACCAGUGGAAAGAUUUGGGUACCUGGCCUGAUGUUGUGACUUCCGACUUCCUGCCCAGUCAUGCCGAUCUCAUACGGUCCAAAGCAGCUGACCAAAUUGAGGACGACAUCACUGAACUAAUGGCCAUGCCACCCACUCAGAAAUGCGGGAGUAAAAGGCUAACCAAAGUACUCGGCUCCCUCACACACAAACUUCUAGCCAGGCUGAAGAUAAAUGAAAAGGAAACUUCCUGUCUCCAGAAAAGGGUGCAAGCACUCCAACAGCAGGAGAGAGACACCCAACAACUUCUGGCUGAGACACAGAGAGAUGCAGUCCAGGCCCAACAUCGCAUUGAGAACUUCGAGCAAGAACUCCAACAAAGAAGGUCUCCGUCCCAUGAGGAAGAGGAGACAGAAGAAGACACGAUUCCUCAAACAAGCAAAAAGCUUCAACAGGCUUUGGAAGAGCUCAGAGCUGAAGCUGACCAGCAAGAACAGCAAGCCAGAGCCACCAAAGAGAACCUCGAAGCCAGACUGGACCAGGCCGAAAGACUGUUGGACAGAGCCCACACAGAGCUCAAGAACAAGGAUGCUCGGAUCCAGGCCCUGGAAAACCAUCUGGCUGAGGCACAGAGAAGCCUGCACAAGCUGACUCACCAGCUAAUCAGCUCCCAAGAACAGCUCACCGAUACCAGAACGAAACAUCGAGCUGACACAGAAGAGAUUGACCGGAUGAGACAAGAACUAAUACAGGCAUAUGAGGUGAAGUCAGAAUUUGGAGCCUCCUACAAUUCAGUGAUGGCACCGACUUCCUCUCCAACAGUGCUGUUUCCCCCAAGGCACUCAGACCGCGUUCAAGGGACCUCUCAUCGGGACAAGGUACCUCCGUGCCCAUCACCGGACCUUGAGGAACCAAGCGCCUGGAAGGUCUCUCUCAAAGAAGGCACCCCAGAUGAAACAGGUCUACUGAAGCGAUACCAACACCGGGUUACCACAAAGGAGCUUGAUAAAGUAGCUCGGAAUAUCGACAUGUUUACACCUAACCCCAUGGGGGGCCACGACAUUCAUGCCUACCUCCAAGACAUUGACUUUCACCUCCAAAGACUGGACAGUGUGACCAAUGAGGACAGAGUCUACCUCAUCAGGAUCACAUCCAGCCUGGAGGUCCGCAGCUUCCUGGAUCGACGGCCCAGUCGAAUCAAGGCCAACUCCAAGCUGCUACACGAAGCACUGAUUCAAGAGUUUGCCGAUCCUGAGUCGGAACAAGGUAUCAGUGUCGCCUUGGAUGUCAAACAGAGCAGACAAGAGACUCCCCAAGCCUACUACAAUCGCCUUCGUCGGGCAUAUUUUGGGUCCAAAAAUGAGGCAGACAUGGAAGAAGAUGCAACCUUCAAGGCUCUCUUCCUUCGGAAUCUCCACCCAACCUUAAAUCACUACCUUGGGCUCAUGGCUUGUCCCCACACCAUGACAAGUCAACAACUACGAGACCUUGCAAUCAAGGCAUACCACAAACAAAGAGCAGCAGCCGAGAAAGCAACUAAAGCGACGGCAGUGCUAGAUCUUGGCAUUACAGACUCCAACCUGGCAUUGGAAGAGCUCGAUCAAGAGGAUGAGCCCCCACCAGCACCUGACAACGCUGUCCUAGUUGUGUGCCGUGACUCAGAAGAGCACCACCCCUACUGUGGUGAGGCCUCACCAAUUCCUGGCCAGGCCCUUGUGCCACAGCUCCUGGGAGAUCUGGUGGAAAGGGGGGUAGCCAAGAAAUUCUACCUCUCCAUCACCCUGGAAGAUGUUCUCACCCUGGAGGCCCUCAUCGACACUGCAGCAGACAUCACCCUCAUGUCAGCCAGUCUUUUCUGCCAGGUGCAGCACCUAUCCGCCCAGAAGAACAAAACCCUCCAACCGAGGAAAUGCUCUUUGGACGUGCAGGCGUAUUCACCAGUUUCCAACUCUGACAUCGUCUCCCUCCAGCCCACUGAUUCUGUGCUCAGCACGGUCUGCGAUCACCUCCGCGACCCCGCUGCGAACUCGAUCUCCACAACUGACCAAGAAUCCCUUCCUGACCUCCAUCACCUGAUGACAGCUUUAUCCUCUUUUCAUCUUGCCGAGGGCGUACCUCUUCAUGUCCCUGAUGCCCACACUUCACCACGGCUCGUGGUCCCUCAGGCACAAAGGGGGGUCAUGCUACUGUACGCCCACGACGCACCCUGUGCAGGCCACCGCAAUGCCAAAACAACCUAUGAGGCACUUAGUCAAGAUGACGCUGCCCUGCUACUAGCGUUACUCAGCCAGGAGGGCGAGUAUUCGUCUGACGAUGUCAACCGAGCCCAUUACCUCCAUGAGAGACGCCAAACGAGUGGGACAGGUGUCCGAUGGACCCAGGAUGCCAUGCAUCAUGCUGCCGUGGACACUACCCACAUGCUGGAGCAGUUACCCAACGACCGUGAACCAAGCUGA